GGCUUUUGAGAACAUUUGAACACGACUCGGGCAUCUGAUCUGACAAAUCUGCUGUUUUCUAAUAUGUACCAGGAUGCUUCUUGCCCUGGUUUCUACUUUUCAAACAAAAUGUUUUUCUUUAGAAAUAUAACUUUUUAUUGAUACCCUGGUGAAGUUUGAGAAAAUUGCAAAAAUUGUAGCUCUGAUAUGGCCAUAAUAGAGUAUAAUCUAUUAUGGUUAGUAGGGGUUGCUGGGCAAAGUACAGUAUUUCUCGCUCUGCUGUAGUGUAUUUGCUGUAGGCAGGCAGUGUACACAAAACAUGGUCCUCCUCCUCAGGGGGUGUGUCCAACACAGGGGCUUUCGCUAUUGGUGGAUGUUUCUCCUGGUAACCAGCAUUCACUGUUAUCAACAACAUUGGACACAUGAGAAUCGGAAACUUCAUCUGAUGUCGAGAAACGGCGUUAAAUUACCCGUGUAAAUAUAUAUGGGUUAGUUGAAUUUAGAAAACCAUCGUGGAUUGACAUCCUCUCAAAAUGUGGAGUUAGGGCUAUGUGAAAACCAGUGUCUGUGAUCCCACAAUGGAUAAAGUGGAGAACCAGAGGUGUCAGGGAGGCUUGGCUGCUGAAGAGAUACUGGAUGAAUAUUUAAUCGCCCUUCAGCACAAAAACAGGAUCUUAAAGAGACUGAAAACUAAAGAGCCCAAGGAGAUCGAGCUAGAGCGUCUGGAGCAGGGCUUCUCCAUCUAUUUGAACGGCGCUAAUGCUAGCAAGCAGACCAAGAGACCCUGCCAGAAGUCUGUCACCUCGCCACCGCCGGCUCUGAGAGCUACACACACGGCUGAUGCCUCCAGAAGGGGUUUGCAGCUAGCAGAGGAGGAGACCUACGAUCUGGAGGUGAACAGCAGCAAGAGGAGCCACACCGCCCCGGGAGAAGUGCAGAGGAGAGAAUGGGUUCAGAAGUCGGUCAAUAUUCGAACAGAACAAGGACCCUGUUUGCGGAUCUCUCCAGAGAGACGGUACUCUGAAGACUUUGAACCCUACGACAGUAUAGAGAUGGAGCGGUCGAGUCCCCGUUCUCCUCGUAGCCCCCCGCGAGACUCCUGUAAGGUGUCACGUUCGUUUGGCUCCAGGGCUGAUGGCCGAGGAGGUAGCCAGGCGGAGCCUGAACAUCAAAGCGAACGGGUCCUACUCAACAUCGACGAGGUCAAGGUGCUUCGACGGAGCCUGGAGGUGAGCGUGCUGAGGAGCAGCAGGGGGUCGGCGGGGGAAGAGUCGGACGAGGAGUGGGUGGAGGAGCAGAUCGAGAGGGAGGAGAGCACGGAGAGCCUGGAGGAGCUAGGCCUGCCUCCCUCCUCCAACAAAACAUCUGCUGACACGAGUCAUCCGCAAGUAACUGGGCCCAAAGSCUGCCUUCGCGACCCUGCAGAGCUCAUGGUGUUGGACUUUGGGCCCUCUCCUAAAGGCCGUAAGAUCGAGCGUUCGCUGUCGGCCAAGAGGAAAGACAACAUGGAAGCCUACGUCCCCACCAAGCCUCUGCCGGUGAAGAGCAAAACUCUGGACAGGCCCUCUUCAAAGGAGUGCAGGGAUGGCAGAGAUCCUCAACGGCCGAGGAGUCGCGUAGAGCGCCCCCUGUCUGCAGCGAGGAAGGCCUCCCAAGAGGAGCGCGACUCGGAGGAGACGGCGUGCAGGGUGCUCCAGGCCCUGCAGAUCGAGAACAGCCCACUGCAGAGCCCCGAGCCCAGGGCCUUCAGCCGCACCCCGGUGAGAGGACACCACAUGAUGAACGGCUCGCUGCGUGACGACGAUGACGACAAAGAUGAAAGUGGGGUGACCAGAGCCAUGCAGAGAAUUACCCUCAUGGGUCCCAGGCAACAGCAGAGACUACUGAAGGCGUUGGAGAAACUGGAGGCAGGCACAAACUUUGACAGCCCUCAGACAGUGAAGACAGACAAUAGCAAACCACCGAAGAGGCGCGUCUCGGCCGAGGCACCGCCCACCGUAUACGUCACCAUGGAGAUCCUAAGUAACUGGGGGAACAGRGGCCAGGUGGGGCUGACGGAGAUGCAGUUCUUCGGCCCAGGGAACAGGAAGCUGUACGUGUCGCCWCACGACCUGGACAUCCGGAACGCCGACUACCCUGGGAACCUUGGCGCGCUGGUCAACGGGAAACCUAAGACCACGAAGGAGCGUCAUAUGUGGACCUGUCCUUUCCAUCCUCCGGUCCAGCUCUACUUCAUCAUCAGGAACACGGAGCGCUCUCCGGACUUUCAGAUAUCCCGGAUCAAGAUCUGGAACUACAACAAGAGCAUCAAUGACCUGGACAUUGGCGCCCGGCAUGUGAAUCUUUACCUCAACAGUACGCUGGUGUUCGAAGGCGAGCUGGACAAGGGCUGUGGCAACCAGGUUUUCGACUACAGCACCAGCAUUGCCCUCCAGGCACUCCAAGUUCCAGAAUCUUUCUCUCCCAGCCCCAUGGCGUCCGGACACGGUCUCUGUGGCGCCAGCCCACAGCGCCAUUAUGACAGGAGCGUGGAGGGGAACAACGGAGGGCACCAUCGUGACCCCAACCACGGACUCUCUCUCGCUGAGGGGCUAGCCCAGGUCAGAAUAGACUUAGAGGAUAACACAUACAACCCCGUCACCCCCACGUCAACACACCGUCCCCUACAGAAGGACUCCUUUGACAUGGACCCACCGGAACUGGACCUCCCCCACCCCCCUGUGAAACAGCAGCUGGAGCAGUCGGGUCAACCCACAGAGCGCACAGUCACCACCCAGCCUUCCUCCUCCAGGACUCCCCAGUGGCUACAGCCCCUGGCCCGGAGCGCCCCCGAGGGCUGCGAGGCUGGGAGGGAGAGGCCCCUCUGGCUAGUUCCCCAGCAAUCUGUGGAGUCCAAACCUCCCCUCCCCCAAUCCUCCUCCACCUCGGUGCUUCCGGAGCUGGGCUGUAACCCGGGGAGGGUGUGUCAGGGGGUGGAGAGGACGGUGAACGGGGGCCAGGGGAGUGCAGACUCUCUGGACCUGGGAGGUGACCUGCUGGAGGAGCUGAGUGACCAGCAGCGCCAGGACCAGCCUGUUAGUGGACGUAGGAGCUCAGCCAGGCACAAUAACACUAGUAGUACCAGCAGCAAACCAGCAGUGGAGCACCAGCAUGGAGCCAUUGGACUGUCCAUAGAAGAGCCAGGUUCAGUAUCGGGCAGCAGCAACCGGAGGCAGCAACGUACCCCCCGGGCCCAUCUCCGCAGCCAGCAGGACCAUGACGACACCCUCAUGGAGUCCUGGGACUCCCUCACCAAGUUCAACCAGUGCCAGCGUGGUCGCAUCUCCAACAUGAGCUUCGAGGGCGACAUCUUUGACGAGUUCCUCCAGCGUUCCUCCAGAGCCGCCACUAUUGCCAUAAUCCCCUCCUCCGGCCCAGGAGCCUCCUCCUGCAGCCCCGUCCCCAACUCAUCCCACCUCUCCUCCCCCGCCCCUCAAGGGGGCCUCUGCGAUGACCCAGAGGAUGACCUUUCCGCCGAGCCGGAGCGCGAGGAGGAGUUUGAAAUUCCGGUCCUCCCACGUGGUCAACGUCUGGUCAUUAACAUCUUGUCCACGUGGGGCGAUCGCCACUAUGUGGGCCUCAACGGUCUCGAAGUCUUCAGCUCCAGCGGUCAGCCCCUCCUUCCCACCCACAUCCGCGCCGACCCGCCUGAUAUUAACGUGCUGCCUGCCUACGGAAAGGACCCGCGUGUGGUCACCAACCUGAUCGAUGGCGUCAACCUCACACAGGACGACAUGCACCUGUGGUUGGCACCUUUCACCCAGGGGAGGAGUCACGUGAUCUACUUGGAGUUCGCCGGGCCGUGUCAGGUGGCCAUGAUAAGAGUGUGGAACUACAACAAGUCCAGGAUCCACUCGUUCAGGGGGGUGAAGGAAGCUGAAAUGCUGCUGGACGGGAGGUGCAUCUUCAGGGGAGAGAUCGCCAAGGCAUCAGGGACUCUGUCUGGAGGUCUGGACCAGUUCGGGGACACCAUCUUGUUCACCACGGACGAUGAGAUACUGGAGGCCAUGUCUCGCUACGACGAGACGUUCUGCGGRGAGGCAAAGGGCUCCGAGGGGCUGGUUGGAUACGAGGAGGAGCUGCAGAGGCCCCGCACGGCCGACGGAGAGGGGGAGGAGAGACCUUUCACCCAGGCUGGCUUCAGACCCGAGGACGACCUCACGUUAAACCUCAAUCUGAACCCUACUGUUGGUCAGUCUGAGACCCUGGAGCAGAUCCCAGGAAUGUACAAUGGAAAGUGCCUUAGGAUAGAGUUGAGUAUGACAUGGGGGGACUCCCACUACGUGGGCCUGACGGGGUUAGAGGUGGUGGGGAAGGAGGGGGACAGCCUGCCUCUGGACCUGACCAUGUUGGACGCCUCGCCACGGGACCUCAACGACCUGCCUGAGUACGGCCAGGACACACGCACCCUCGACAAACUCAUUGACGGCCACAACAUCACCACUGAAGACCAGCACAUGUGGCUGAUCCCGUUCUUCUGUGGCCAGCACCACACCCUGACAGUCAACUUUGACAAGGCCCAUACGGUGGCUGGCCUCCGCAUCUGGAACUACAACAAGASCCCAGAGGACUCCUACAGAGGGGUGAAGGUGAUCCAUGUGUCUCUGGACAAUACACUCAUCUCUCCAGCAGAGGGCUUCCUCAUCAGGAAGGGMCCAGGGAACUGUCACUUUGACUUUGCUCAGGAGAUCCUCUUCAUCGACUUCCUCCAGAACCCCUCCACUGGCCUGGUCAACAGCAAGACUACAGCAGAGGACUUGGCCUACACACUGAAAGCUGGUUCCAAAAGACAGGAGCACGCCAGCAUGGACUAUGAGGCCCCCAUCAUGCCUUGUGGAUUCAUCUUCCAGCUGCAGCUGCUGACCACCUGGGGUGACCCCUACUACAUCGGUAUGAACGGCCUGGAGUUCUAUGACCAGAACGAUGAGAAGAUCCCCCUCAGUGACAACAAUAUUGCUGCGUUCCCAGACAGUGUGAAUGUCCUGGACAGUGUGAACGGUGAUGUGAGGACUCCAGAUAAGCUGGUAGAUGGCACUCAUGAUGGCAGACACAUGUGGCUAGCACCGGUGCUCCCCGGACUGGUGAAUCGCGUGUAUCUCAUAUUUGACCAGCCAGUGACCGUGUCCAUGAUCAAACUGUGGAACUACUCCAAGACACCACAGAGGGGGGUAAAGGAGUUUGGGCUGUUAGUCGAUGACCUCUUGGUGUAUAACGGCGUCUUGGACAGCGUGAGCCAGGCGGCGCGGGGCAUCCUGCCCACCUGUGACCCGGUGUUGCCCUACCACACUAUCCUCUUCACCGACAACGCCCGCAUCACCCACCGUGAAAGGAACACUGUAAUCAGCAACUAUGUGGAGGACCAAGAUGUGAAGAUGACCAAUGAGAAUCAGAUAGUCCAUCACAACAAGAAGAAACAAACAGCUGAUCCAGCGCUUCGGCCUAAAACCUGCAUGACAGACACUGGAAAGCUGGGGAAAAGGAGUGUCAGAGUGAACCUAUAUUAGGCUGCUAUGUCGGCCAUCUUUGUGCCUGGUGAUGAUACUACUCCUGUCUGUCGCUGCCCCUCUUGAUGUUGUGCUGCGUUCACCUGCCUCUCGUGGUGCAGAGCUACUCAAAGAUGAACUCCGUGGCAACAAGUACGCUCUUAAUAGAUGGGAUCCAGAUGCGACAUUUUAUGGAUGAGUUGUGUUGAUGAAAAGCCUAGUUUUAAUAGCCCCUAGCCUAGUGGCAUAACACAUGACAAUUGAGUAAUGCACCUGCAAUGUGCACCAACCCCAUCUGAAUGCUAUGCAGUUAACCAGUUCAUAUUUUCUCUAGUCUAAUAUCUCACAGUCGAAUGAUUUUUCUAGGUGUCUGUGGUGUCGGAUGGAGGUUUAACCUUUGAAAGGUUUUAUAACGCAGGGUGGAUAAUAUGACUGACUGUCUGUUGCAUAAAGUAGAAUCAGGCAUCGGUACUGAGUAUUGGUCACAUUAAAGCAAUUGGUCGGAUACAGUUUUAAGCAGUUUUAAGCCAUCCUAGGCCGCUGCAUUUGCUUAACACAAAAACAGUACACUUGCUUAGAUAUACAUUUUGCAAUCCUGAAUAUAUUAAUAUAUAAUAUUUUUGAUUAAGUAAUAUAUCGGUGAAACUAUAGACGUUCAACACUAUGUAUUACAAAGACAUGUUUGCAAACUAAGUGACCUUUAUUGAAGUUGUUUGAUAUGAAAACAGUUAUUUGAGACACCCACUUGUAGCGAUAGUUGUAGUUGUAGGCUAAAAUGUUGUUAUUUACAAAAGUUUAAAUAUAUUAUCAAGGUAUAUAUUAUUGUGUAAACAACAUUUUGGCCUUUAGUUAGAAAAACACCUAAGAAUAUGUAACCAUAUGUAACCAGAAAUAUUUAAUAUGCAAACACUGAAAACAUACCUCAAAUAGGUAAAAUGUGAUCUUUACAAAGGGAUGGAUCUUUGCUGAAGUCUUAUUUUAUCUUGAAUGUUUGAGUAUAAUCUAUAGUUGGCGUGGUAUACCUUAUACCCAGUAGUAUUUUGUUGCAUGGACAAGUUACCACAGUUGUGGCUUCGGUUACAAAUUUAAAAAGGUAGACCCUUGUAUUUUUUAAAGAAUUUGCUGCUUCAUUGAGCCACAAUAUAGCCUAUUUCUUACUAAAUACUCUUGUAUAUGAUAGAGGAGUUACAUGUUGUUUUUUUUAAAUGCAGUUUUAUGUAUUUGAUUUUAAAAUGUCAGUCUGUGGGUACAGGCUUCACACUGCACCUCAGUCAUGCUUUGAGUGACGGUGUUAUUACUGUUAAGUGUGACAUUCCGUGUUGAAAUAUUUUUAUUCUUUUUUUAAUCUUGUUCAAAUAAGUGUAUUUUAUUUGAAUAAAUAAAA